UGGAAGGAAAGAGGGAAUGAGAAUGUGAAAGAGAUGGAAAAGAAAGAGAAACAGAAACAGAAGAAAGAAAACAUUAAACUUACUAAUACUGGAGAGAGAAGUAAGAAAGAAAAGAAAGUAGAGAGAGAACAAUCAAUUGAUGAAAUUUGGAAGGGAGUUUGGACUUGAUUUUCUAUUUCUGUUUCUCGAGACAUCUACUCACUAGGUACUUAUCGGGCAAUCGGAAAAGUCCAAGAUCUUCGGUGAAGUUUGAACCCGAGAUUUAUUUUUCUAGAGUAGAGCUUCACUAUCAAUCACCAAACGAUAAACUUUGCGACGACAUACUUAAUUGCUGAGUACCCCCGCGAGCGUCAAAAUGUCAACAUCGCAACAAGUCACCAAAUUGAAAAGAAUAGUAUGGACGGGUGCAAUUGCGUCAGUUACAGUCGUGGGCACAAUAUAUGGUGCUGGGUUGAAAACGCAGGGAGAACAAAAACAGCAAAUCCGCAAAGUCCGCGAAGCCCCAAUCACUGAACGAAUUGCCCAUCUCGAAGAACAGCGAGGAGUAUUGGUGGGUAAAAGAAUGGGGUUGCAAAAGAAAAUUGAAGAAUCACAAAUGAGGAGGAAUGGAGCAACGGUUGAAGAAAGUACUCGGGGAAUGGAGAGGAAGAGGGGAGAAAAUGUUGGUUUGACGAUGGAGGGGGAGAGAAAGACGACAAGGGUGGAUAUGGAGGAUAACUUAAGGGUGGUGGGGGUGGAGACGGAGAUUGAAGAGGGGAAGAAGGGAAGAGAGAGGAAGAGGACUUGGUGGUGAGGGGGCUGCAUGCAUGCUAAAAGAUUUGAGAUAUUCGGGAGAAGAGGCAGUCUACAUAUGCGGUAGCGAAGACUUUUGCGAUGGGGCUAUGCUUUGAUUACAAGCAUCGAUACCUCCAUGGACUCGAGGAGAGGGAGAGUAGCGAUGGUGAAUACAUUGCGCAACAGAGGAGGGAGAUAUUUGUAGUCAGGCCGGGAAAGCUGUGCUAUAGGCGCGGCGGCACAGGAAUUGCGUGUCGUCAUCGAGAAAAGAAGGGAAGGAGACUUGGCGGCAGAAAUUCGAGAUAAGCAGCCUGCAUCAUAAACGUGAAAGAAUGCAAGAAGACUCUCGCCUCGAUCACCGUAAAAGCGACCACCUGAAACUUUCCUGGCCGACUCACCACCCUGUAUGAACCAAACACUUUGCACUCUCAAGCAUAGGGAGAUGAGCUUUGAAAUUGGGGUCGAAAUACCUUUAUAAUUGGGGAAAUUUACUCGACAGAACACCUGGAUUGGAUACAAGCCAUUAUCGCAUAUCAGCUCUGAUAGAUGGCAAACAUGAAUUUUAUAUUGAGCAACUUCAAUUUUCCGAGUACUCAUAAGGAGGAUGUAGAUAUUAUUACACAGCUAAUAAUACCUCCCGCAACAAUAUCAUCAGAUGAUUUGUAUGUCAAUGAAACACUAAGACGAUGCGAAGCUGCUUUCACAAAUAUAUCGUCUCAGAUGAUCAAUAAGUUGUUUGCAAGUGUGUUCCUAAGAUUGUACAUGCACAUGCUAUACGAUAGUCUGAGCAGUUCUAUCGCAGUUCCUGGCAUCUUUUUUACAGCAAGUAGCUCAUUCAAAGUGCAUUUCUCAUUUUCAUGUACGUGAGUGAUGUUAUGGGCUAAGUAGACUCAUCAUUAUCAUACUUAGCAUACAUAUCUUGAAAUAAGACACUGAUACAAUGGGUUUAUAUAUUUUCAACGUGUCUAUCGAACCUUUGUCAUUUUGUAAUGUAUGUAUUAUUCAAGCAUAGCAUCACUGCUAUAGUUUUUGGUAGAGUUCUCUACCUGUCCAUGUCCGAUAUCAAGAAGAAUCCGUCCAUUUGCUUGAUAUCCUCCCUUUAUAACUUAGUCUCAGGGCUAUCUCCACAACCUGCCACAUGUCUCAUGGCAAAAAUGCGAGAACAAAACGUUGAUAAUAACAAGUGACAUUCUAUAAUCUCCUCAUAUCCUGCUUUCUUACCGAGUGGUCUAUCACUUCCAUCACAUCAUGUCUAUCAAUCGUCCGUCACGAUGCGGGGAAUCCUAGUCGUGGAGUCACAUGCUGAAGAUGGGAUACUGUUGAAUACACAAGAUGUUCGACUCCAAUAAGCGAAGGAAACCAUACUGUAGGUUAUUACUCCAAGUGAUGACUCAUUGAUCGUUAGAUGUGAACGCACAAUGGUCUGUAAACCAGAAGUUUGGUGACUAUACCUAGCAGAAUUUUGCGCGAGGUAAUAUCAAGGUGACGUGUGUAUUCUAUAUUGUGUUGCGCAGCGACAUGAGACGUGUCAAAAUACGCUGGAAUUGACGGGACUUGUAAUACAUGGAAAGCGGAAUGAUGCUGAGCUUGGAAAUGUGGGAAA